AUGGCUUUCAUAGUCUCACCAACUAUAAUGAGAAACUCCAUUUCAUUGCAAACUAGAGUUGUUUGUGAUAUGCCUGAUAACUCUUAUAAGGAUAAGUUUUUAUUUAGAAACAAGGGCAUUUAUAAGGGCACACGCAACCUUCAAGAUCAUUUGGCCGUCGCAAAUGUUGCGAGCCCGUCGCGUGUGAUUGCUCCGCCUCCACCGCCGGAGAAACUUCCGGGGGACACCGGUGGCCAACACCAUGUUGCAUGGACUAGUGUCCCUCAAGAAAGAUGGGAAGGAGAACUUCUUGUUCAAGGACAUAUUCCACUUUGGCUGAAAGGAACGUACAUAAGGAAUGGUCCAGGCAUGUGGAACAUAGGAGACUACAAUUUCAGGCAUCUCUUUGAUGGCUAUGCCACCUUGGUUGGACUUCACUUUGAGAAUGGGCAGUUAACCGCCGGUCACCGACAAAUCGAAUCUCAAGCUUAUCAAGCAGCAAAGAAAAAUCAGAAGAUAUGUUAUCGUGAAUUUUCUGAAGUGCCUAAGGCUGAAAAUUUCUUAGCUUACGUAGGGGAGUUAGCGAGUCUUUUCUCGGGUUCCUCGCUUACCGAUAAUGCCAACACUGGUGUGGUGAAGCUCGCCGAUGGGAGGGUUGUUUGUCUGACAGAGACACAAAAAGGGUCUAUAGUGAUAGAUCCUGAGACGCUGGAGACAAUUGGAAAAUUUGAGUAUAGUGAUUCUUUGGGAGGACUUAUUCAUUCUGCACAUCCCAUUGUGACGGAUAAGGAGUUUUUAACGUUAAUCCCUGACCUUGUGAAACCAGGAUACUUGGUGGUGAGGAUGGAACCUGGCUCUAAUGAGAGGAAAGUUAUUGGGCGAGUCGAUUGUCGAGGCGGAUCAUCGCCCGGUUGGGUUCAUUCCUUCCCUGUUACUGAACACUAUGUUAUUGUGCCUGAAAUGCCAUUGAGGUAUUGUGCUCAGAAUUUGCUCAGGGCUGAACCAACUCCUUUAUACAAAUUUCAGUGGCAUCCUGAGUCAAAAGCUUUUAUGCAUGUAAUGUGCAAGACUAGUGGAAAGAUUGUGGCAAGUGUGGAAGUGCCUCUAUUUGUUACUUUCCAUUUCAUAAAUGCAUAUGAAGAGAAAGAUGAAGAUGGGAGGGUGACUGCUUUCAUUGCUGACUGCUGUGAGCACAAUUCAAACCCCGGCAUUCUUGACAAACUUAGAUUACAAAACCUUCGCUCAUUUAAUGGCAACGAUGUUCUACCAGAUGCUAGGGUUGGUAGGUUUAGAAUACCACUAGAUGGAAGUCCAUAUGGAACAUUAGAAGCAGCAUUAGACCCAAAUGAACAUGGGAGAGGCAUGGAUAUGUGCAGCAUAAACCCUAAUUAUUUAGGGAUGAAAUACAGAUAUACAUAUGCUUGUGGAGCACAACGCCCUUGUAACUUCCCCAACACCCUCACCAAGAUUGAUCUAGAAUCGAAAAGGGCUAAGAACUGGUAUGAAGAAGGAGCUGUGCCCUCGGAACCAUUCUUUGUGCCUCGACCAGGUGCAACCGAAGAAGAUGAUGGUGUGGUAAUCUCCAUAAUCAGUGAGAAAAAUGGAGAAGGAUAUGCCUUGGUGUUAGAUGGUUCCACUUUUGAAGAGGUUGCUAGGGCUAAGUUCCCUUAUGGUCUUCCAUAUGGGCUGCAUGGAUGCUGGGUUCCAAAACAAUAA